AUGUCAUUGCUGUGCGUUGGCGUGAAGAAAGCCAAACUCGAUGGACCCCAAGAGAAAUUUAACACCUACGUGACGCUGAAGGUGCAGAAUGUCAAGAGCACCACCAUCGCUGUGCGGGGCGCCCAGCCAUGCUGGGAGCAGGACUUCAUGUUUGAGAUCAACAGGCUGGACCUGGGGCUGACGGUGGAGGUGUGGAACAAAGGGUUAAUCUGGGACACCAUGGUGGGGACCUUGUGGAUCCCCCUGCAAAACAUCCGCCAGUCUAAUGAGGAUGGGCCGGGGCAGUGGCUGACCCUGGACUCCCAGGUCAUCAUGGCUGAGAAUGAGAUUACCGGCACCAAAGACCCCACCUUCCAUCGCGUGCUGCUGGACACCCGCUUUGAACUGCCAUUAGACAUUCCAGAGGAUGAGGCUCGAUACUGGGCCAAGAAACUGGAGCAACUCAAUGCCAUGAGGGACCAGGACUACACAUACCAGGAGGAGGAGGAGAGACCACUGCAAGCACCAUCAACACAGUGCUGUAACUGGAGUCUUUGGGGAGACCAGCAAAAUGAAGACCCAGACAGUGCGGUGGACGACAGAGACAGUGACUACCGCAGUGAGACCAGUAACAGCAUCCCCCCUCCCUUCUACACCACGUCUCAGCCCAACGCCUCCAUGCACCAGUACCCCAUCCAGAGAGACCAGCGCUACUCCUCGCUAACCUCCUACAACGGCUCCAUCCAAGAGCUGGACUACGACAACCAGAGACCCAUGAGUCCUACAGGCAGCAGUCGCUAUGCCUCCUCUGGGGAGCUGAGUCGAGGCAGCUCCCAGCUCAGUGAGGAGUUUGGCCCUGAGAACGAGGGGAGUCUGAGAGGCUCUGUGGAGCUCUACGAUGAGAACGACUCUUACCACUCCUGCCACUCCUCUGUCAGCUACGACAAGGAAUCGGCUGGCUGGGACCCCGAUGAGCCCGAGGUGGUGUACAGUGACGAAGGGGGCUAUGUCAAAGAUGGCGGAGAGGAAGGGGCUAUUUACGAGGAGGAGGAGGGCGAGCUCUACGAGCCCGAGCAGGGAGAGGGGGAGUACAACUAUGAGGGAGAGGAGGAGAUAAUUUACGAAGAUGAAGAUCUCUACCCUCUGGACGGCACGCUCAGCGAGAACCAGGAGCCACCCUACACGGCCCCCACGCUGGCCCCCGAGGCCUCCAUCACCAGGCCCCCUCUGGAGAAACAAGCCUCUCUGAGAGAGCAGCAGCCCGAGCCCCCCACCCUGGCCCCCACCACCCAGGCCCAGACCAUGCCCCCUGUCCAGCCCCCUGUCACCACAGCCUCCACCAAGCCUCCAUUUACCCCCAUGAUCCAUCCAUCCCUCAUCCAGCCCCCGGUGCCCACAGCCCAGCCCCCUGCUCCAGAGACCCAGCCUCCAGUGUCUGAUGCCCUGGAUGAUAUCCUCCUAGACCUCCAAGAGGAAGAGCCUCUGUCUUUAGAGCAGGAGGUCCCUGUGGUGGAGAGUCCCCCAGCAGAAGUCCCAGCAGAGAAGAGUGAGACUCCUCUUGUCAGCUAUCAAAGGCCCAUCAUGGAGCCUGGGCCAGACAGGGCCAGGGCCAACUGGCAACGGCUCUGCAGCAAGGUCCGACUACAGCUGCAGCAGGCUCGAGGGGAGUCGGUUGGGAUUUGCUCCCUGUUGCUAUCAGCAGGGGUGGGUGGGGCGCUGUAUAGCAUUGACAGCAUGCCGGACCUCCGCAAGAGGAAAGCCAUGCCUCUGGUCAGAGACCUGUCCCUGGCUCAGAACUCCAGGAAGCCAGGGAUUACAUCAGCCAUGGCGUCCAGCACUCUCAAUAACGAGGAACUGAAGAGUCAUGUGUACAAGAAGACCCUACAGGCUCUGAUAUACCCCAUCUCCUGCACCACGCCCCAUAACUUUGAGGUGUGGACGGCCACCACGCCCACCUACUGCUAUGAGUGUGAGGGGCUGCUGUGGGGUAUCGCCCGUCAGGGCAUGAGGUGCACCGAGUGUGGGGUCAAAUGUCACGAUAAGUGCCAGGACCUGCUCAACGCUGACUGCCUGCAAAGGGCAGCGGAAAAGAGUUCUAAGCAUGGGGCGGAGGACAGAACCCAGAACAUCAUCAUGGUUCUGAAGGACAGGAUGAAGAUCCGGGAGAGGAACAAGCCGGAGAUCUUUGAGCUGAUCCAGGAGGUGUUUGCCAUGGUCAAAGCCACUCACGUCACCUACAUGAAGCAGAUCAAACAGAGCGUACUAGACGGCACCUCCAAGUGGUCGGCCAAGAUCAGCAUCACAGUGCUGUGUGCCCAGGGCCUUCAGGCCAAGGAUAAAACUGGCACGAGUGACCCUUAUGUCACGGUCCAGGUGGGCAAGACCAAGAAGAGGACCAAGACUAUCUACGGCAACCUCAACCCUGUCUGGGAGGAGAACUUCCACUUUGAGUGCCACAACUCCUCGGACCGGAUCAAGGUGCGGGUGUGGGACGAGGAUGAUGACAUCAAGUCUCGGGUGAAACAGAAGUUCAAGAGGGAGUCAGAUGACUUCCUGGGUCAGACCAUCAUUGAGGUCCGCACGCUGAGCGGAGAGAUGGACGUCUGGUACAACCUGGACAAGCGUACAGACAAGUCAGCCGUGUCUGGUGCCAUCAGGAUGCACAUCAAUGUGGAGAUCAAAGGAGAGGAAACAGUCGCUCCAUAUCAUGUCCAAUACACCUGUCUGCACGAGAACCUCUUCCACUUUGUCACAGAUGUGCAGAGCUCUGGCGUUGUGAAGAUUCCUGAUGCUAAAGGGGAUGACGCGUGGAAGGUGUACUUUGAUGAGACUCCUCAGGAGAUAGUGGAUGAGUUUGCCAUGCGCUACGGAGUGGAAUCCAUCUACCAGGCUAUGACUCACUUUGCCUGCCUGUCGUCUAAGUACAUGUGCCCGGGGGUUCCCGCGGUAAUGAGUACGCUGCUGGCCAACAUCAAUGCCUACUACGCCCACACCACCCAGGCCACAAACAAUGUGUCGGCCUCCGACCGCUUCGCCGCAUCCAACUUCGGGAAAGAACGAUUUGUGAAGCUCCUGGACCAACUCCACAACUCUCUGAGGAUUGACCUGUCCAUGUACCGGAAUAACUUCCCAGCCAGCAGUUCUGAGAGGCUGCAGGACCUCAAGUCUACUGUGGACCUGCUCACCAGCAUCACCUUCUUCAGGAUGAAGGUCCAGGAGCUACAGAGUCCCCCCAGAGCCAGUCAGGUGGUGAAGGACUGUGUCAAGGCCUGUCUCAACUCCACCUAUGAAUACAUCUUCAAUAACUGUCACGAGCUCUACAGCCGGGAGUACCAGACAGAUCCGGCCAAGCCAGGUGUGGAACACCCAGAGGAGCAGGGUCCCAGCAUCAAGAACCUGGACUUCUGGUCCAAACUCAUCACCCUCAUCGUGUCCAUCAUAGAAGAGGACAAGAACUCCUACACACCCUGCCUCAACCAGUUUCCUCAGGAGCUCAAUGUGGGUAAAAUCAGUGCCGAGGUGAUGUGGAACCUGUUUGCUCAGGAUAUGAAGUACGCCAUGGAGGAGCAUGAAAAGAACCGGCUGUGUAAGAGUGCGGAUUACAUGAACCUGCAUUUUAAAGUCAAGUGGCUUUACAACGAGUACUGCAAAGACCUGCCCUUCUUCAAGAGCCGUGUGCCCGAGUACCCGGCGUGGUUUGAGCCGUUUGUCAUCCAGUGGUUGGACGAGAAUGAGGAAGUGUCUCGAGACUUCCUGCACGGUGCGCUGGAGAGGGACAAAAAAGACGGGUUCCAGGUAACGUCGGAACAUGCUCUGUUCUCCUGCUCCGUAGUGGACGUCUUCUCUCAGCUCAACCAGAGCUUCGAGAUCAUCCGCAAGCUGGAGUGUCCCGACCCCCAGAUCGUAGGCAACUAUAUGAAACGAUUUGCCAAGACCAUCGGUAACGUUCUCCUGUCCUACGCUGACAUCAUCUCCAAGUGCUUCGCUAACUACGUCAACAUGGAGAAAGUGGUGAGUGGCCAAUGACUCGACAUGACACAUGUUCCAUGCAUCCUGAUCAACAACAUCCAGCAGCUCAGAGUUCAACUGGAGAGGAUGUUUGAGGCCAUGGGAGGAAAGGAUCUGUGCAAGGAGGCCAGUGACUUCCUGAAAGACCUGCAGGUGAAGCUGAAUACUGUGAUGGAUGAUCUCAGCAGGAUAUUUUCUGUCAGUUUCCAGCCGCAGAUUGAGGACAACGUGAAACAGAUGGGAGACAUCCUUGGCCAGGUGAAGGGGACCAACGUGGGGGCUAACAACUGCAGUAGCGUGGCCCAGGACGCUGACAAUGUGCUGCAGCCCAUCAUGGACUUCCUGGACAGCAACCUGACGCUGUUUGCUAAGAUCUGCGAGAAGACGGUGCUGAAACGUGUUCUGAAGGAGCUGUGGAAACUGGUGAUGAACACCAUGGAGAAGACUAUCGUCCUGCCCCCUCUCACUGACCAGACGGGCAGGGUGAAGCUUGCUUGUCACAGUGAUGGCACUCAGCUCAUCUCCAACGCUGCCAAACAGCUGGGACAGCUCUCCAAGAUAAAGGAGCACAUGGGUCGUGAGGAGGCCAAGGCACUGUCCCCUAAGCAGUGUGCUGUGAUAGAACUGGCUCUGGACACCAUCAAGCAAUACUUCCAUGCUGGAGGGGUGGGCCUGAAAAAGACCUUCCUGGAGAAGAGUCCUGACCUGUUGUCUCUACACUACGCCCUGUCCCUCUACACCCAGGCCACAGACAAACUCAUCAAGACCUUUGUUUCAUCUCAGAACGCACAAGGCUCUGGAGUGGACGACGCCGUGGGAGAGGUGUCUAUCCACGUGGAGAUCUUCACCCACCCCAACACUGGAGAGCACAAGGUCACCGUCAAAGUGGUGGCAGCCAAUGACCUGAGGUGGCAGACCACGGGGGUGUUCCGUCCCUUCGUGGAGAUCUACAUCAUCGGUCCUCACCUGGCUGACAAGAAGAGGAAGUACGCCACCAAGUCCAAGAACAACAGCUACGCCCCCAAAUACAACGAAACGUUCACAUACACCCUCAGUAACGAGGUGGGCACAGAGUGUUACGAGCUGCAGGUGUGUGUGAAGGACUACUGCUUCGCCCGGGAGGACCGUACGGUGGGCAUGGCCGUGAUGCAGUUGAAGGACAUGUCCUCUAGGGGCAGCGUGGCUUGCUGGCUCCCCCUGGGGAAACGCGUGCACAUGGACGAGACGGGCCUCACCGUCCUCCGCAUCCUGUCCCAGCGCAACAACGACGACGUGGCAAAGGAGUUCGUCAAGCUCAAGUCAGACCAGCGUUCUCCCGAGGAAGGCCGAGGCUGA